AUGGAUGUGCAGAAAGACCGAGGCGUUCCUCUGAGUACUCUUUCUCCCAAGUACCUUCACACCAAUUCAACCAGCCACACUUGGCCUUUUAGUGCCAUCGCUGAGCUCAUAGACAAUGCCUACGAUCCGGACGUUAUGGCAACCUCCUUCUGGAUCGAUAAGACCUUGGUCCACGGACAAGAGUGCCUCACGUUCAUGGAUAACGGCAACGGGCUGGAUCACCAAACCAUGCAUAAAAUGCUCAGCUUCGGCUACAGCGACAAGGUGUCGGUCCACGGCGUGGAGCCCAUCGGCAUGUACGGCAACGGUUUCAAAUCCGGCUCCAUGCGCCUGGGGAGGGACGCCAUCGUUUUUUCCCGGAGCAAAGACACCUCGUGCGUGGGGAUGCUCUCGCAAAGCUACCUGGAAGAGAUCAACGCCCAACAGAUCGUCGUGCCCAUCGUCUGUUUCGACCACACGAACGGCACCAUGUCCGUGAGAGACGAGCAAGAAGCCAGUCUGCAGGACAUCCUGCGCUACUCUCCUUUCAAGACCAAGACUGAACUGCUGACUGAGAUCAGCGCCAUCACCACCACGUGGUCCACCGGCGCCACCGGCACGCGCAUUAUUAUCUGGAACCUGCGCAGAACGUCCACCGGGUCGUUGGAGUUUGACUUCAAGGUCGACCGUUACGACAUUCAAAUUCCGUCCGACGUGUACGAGGAGUUGAACCAAAGCGGCGAGAGGAUCCCCUCGCACGUUCCUGAGACGGUCUACUCGCUUCGGGCAUACUGCAGUAUUUUGUACCUGAAGCCUCGCAUGCACGUGAUGAUUCGAGGUCACAAGGUGAAAACGCAGUUGAUCGCCAAGAGUCUGGCCAACAGUAAAACGGACCACUACAAGCCCAUUUUUCUCAGCAAAAGAAUUCCCAUUAUUUUUGGCUACAACACCAAAAGCCGAGAACACUACGGAGUCAUGAUGUAUCACAAGAAUCGGCUCAUCAAGGCCUAUGAGCGGAUAGGCUGCCAACUAAAGCCCAACAGCAAAGGAGUCGGCGUCAUCGGGGUCAUCGAGUGCAACUUCCUGGAGCCCAUGCACAAUAAACAAAGCUUUAUUGAGAACGACAAGUACAGGAAAACCAUGGCCAGUUUGACAAUCAAACUGGACGAAUACUGCAACGAAAUCCGAUACCGGCUGACCAGAGACGACCCGGCCAAAACGGUGGAAGUCAGCGACAUCAGCAAGCGUCCUGAUCAGAACUGGGUGAUGUGCGACACCUGCAGGAAAUGGCGCAAACUACCCGACGGCAUCGAUUGCAACAAGCUGCCGGAGAGUUGGUAUUGCCAUAUGAAUCCGGAUCCUCAAUUCAGGAACUGCCAGGUGGAAGAAGAGGCUCAGGACUCGGAUGAUGACCAACCGUCAUACACCAAAACAUACAAGCAAAAAGAGCGGGAGGACAAAAAGAAAUUAAAGAGUAAACAGCAGGUGGAGGAGGAUCGGAGGCAUUGGGAAAAUCAGCACCUCGCUAAGCUGACGUUGGAAAACCAGGCUCUUCAACGCAAUGAAAAAUACCUCAAACGCAAGCUACAGGAAAAGAGCGUCCAGUCUCCCGCUGGAUCAUGGACAGACGCUUCAUCCGCCAAUGAGGCCAGCAAGUCCCCCAGUGUCGAUGCUUUUCCAGUCAUUUCAUGCGUGUACUCCAUGGCUGACUUGACCCCAAGUAGAAAAAGAAAGCUGUCCGACGAGCCCCGAAGAACGCCGACGACUCCCCGGCGGAACUCCUCCGUCGCUCCGCCGCCCGUCGACGCCGGCCCGACGAGGGACGACACCUCGGAAACGGACGACGUCUACGAAGUCAGCAGUUCCUCCCCCGUCCGCAAAAUCAAGAACGAAAGAGACGAGGAGAUCGCGAACGAAACCAGCGACGGGACCGUGCCGACGGCCGAGCAGGGGACGCAGUUUUCCGGCCGUGUUAUUAAGGAAGAAAGCGAUAGCCAAAUUCUCAGGAUCCUAAAUAUCGGCGAGCCUUUGUACAUCGAUAGCGAUGACGACACGGCGAAGGACGUGAAGCGCGAAGAGCCGGUAGCGAACAAUAGGGCGCUUUCGCUCAAUUCUUUACACCGAUCAAGCCAGACGGAGGAAACGUGGCCGGAUAAGGACUAUAAAAGCUUGUACGAAAAGGCCACGGACAAAAUUCAACAACUUGUGGGUAGCAGAGCUGAUUUAUUGGAAGGCGCUCAGAACAAAGAGGGACAGGAAGAGUCGGGCGACAUCACGCGGCAAGUGGACGCGCUCGUCCGGGAACUGGAUAAAAUGACCGACGAGAGGAAUCGGCUACGCUUUCAGUUGAAGAACGCCGAAAUAGAAAAGGCCAGCUUGUCACGGCAGUGCGAGGAGCUUCGCGCGAGGCUUCGGCAAGAAGAGCGGGAAAAAGACAGCCCUUUACAGAACGGCAAUUCAUCCGCCGCCUCCGAUCCCGACCACUUAAGCAGGUCGGCGUUGAUCGAGCUGCGGUACAACAUCGGGCGCCUUCUGGUCAACGAGGUGCCGUAUCUGGACCUGGCUCAGGUCAAUUACGAGUGCGAAGUCAUUGACGAGAUACUGGAUCAGUAUCUGGCCCGGAACGGUGCCGAUGGAACCGACGCGGCCUGCUCAAAGUGA